CUGUUAACAAACGAAAUCUUCUGAAAGAAACAGACGCCAGGAUCGCCAAAUAUCAUAUCGCAAGAAGAAGAGGGGUUAGCUUUUCAUAGCCUGACGGAGAAAGAAGAAAGAAUGGACAAGAUUUUAGGUUUAAUGUUCAUCACCGUCAUCCUUGCUACUGCUGUAGGAUGUGGCCAAGCGACACAGGAGGAAUUGACUAGAUAUAUUUAUCCGCAUGCUGCAGUUGCCUCAGAUCAGGAAACUUGCUCCGAGAUAGGAAAUACUAUGCUGCUAAUGGGAGGUACGGCCAUUGAUGCAGCAAUCGCUGGACUCCUCUGUGUGGGACUAUUGAGCAUCCACAGUGCAGGUAUAGGCGGAGGAAGCUUCAUAAUGUACUAUGACAGAGAGAAUGAGACGCCGUACUUUCUAGAUUCCAGAGAAGUGGCUCCCACUCUUGCAUCCAGAGACAUGUACGAAAAUGAAAGGGAUGAUGCAUCACAGAUCGGUGGUCUUGCUAUCGCAGUCCCUGGUGAGAUAAUGGGAUACUGGGAGGCUCAUCAAAGGUUUGGGAGACUUCCCUGGGGAGACCUCUUCGGACCUUCCAUUGAACUUGCAGAGAAUGGUUUCACUGUUGGCCCGGACCUUGCAAUGACCAUGGCUAUGAAACAGUUUUCCGAGCUUGCGACAAGCGACCCAAGCUUUAGUGAAAUAAUGCUAGACGAAGAUUUGAGCAUUCUGCAGGCGGGCGACACUAUGUACAGACGGAAAUUAGCCGAGACAAUGAGAGUGGUAGCCGAAGAGGGCGCCCAGGCCUUUUAUCAUGGACCUCUAGCUGCUAAAAUCGCAGCCGAGAUUCAAGAAGUCGGUGGAAUCGUGAGUGUGGCUGAUCUUAAUCAGUAUCAAGUGGCCGUGAAAGAACCUCUAAGUAUAGACAUCAACGGUUUGACGGCAUAUGUCUGUCCACCUCCGUGCAGUGGGGCGGUGUUUUCUCUAAUCAUGAACAUAUUAGAAGGUUAUGGAUUUACUGCUGAAAGCCGGAGAUCUGUCCAAAAUGAAACACUGACCUACCAUCGAAUCAUCGAGGCGUUCAAGUUUGCCUUUGCCAAGAGGAGUGCCUUGGGUGACGAAGACUUUGUAGAUGUUGAAGAUCUUGUAGCAACGUUGACAUCUCAAGAUUAUGCAGAUAGCAUCCGUGCACGGAUAACCGAUGAUCGUACCCACGAUACAGAGUAUUACGAACCAUCAUUUCAAUUCGUCAGUGACCACGGUACUUCCCACAUCGCAGUGGUAGACGCCUUCGGAAAUGCUGCUUCGAUCACCAGUACGAUCAACACAUUUUUUGGUUCGACUGUGCGAGGUUCUCAAACGGGAAUCUUGUAUAAUAAUGAGAUGGACGACUUCUCCAAGCCUGGGGUACCUAACUUCUUUGGACUGCCGCCCUCACCGUCAAACUUCAUUGAGCCUGGAAAGCGACCAAUGUCUUCAAUGACUCCUGUCAUAGUCGUAGAUGACGAUGGAGAUGUUGAAUUGGUGGUUGGUGCAGCAGGAGGGACAACCAUCACAACAGCAACAAGCCUGAUGGCAAUGGAGGAUCUUUGGUUUAAGUCAACUCUUGCAUGUGGAGGAAACAGAAGUCGCAUUCAUCAGCAGCUUCUUCCUAGUCAAACAUUCUAUGAGCCAGGAUUCAACAAGGGCGUUGUUGAUGGUCUCAUUGAAAAAGGUCAAGACAUGCAGAAGAUUGGAGGCGUCUACGCCAUCGUCCAAGCUAUCGCCCGUUUGGAAGAUGGUCAGCUGGAAGCUUACUCAGAUACACGAAGAGAUGGACUGCCUGACGGAUACUAGACAUGCUAGAUGAGGAUGCGGAUCAUUGUGAUUUUGACCAUACGUAGCUUGGGGGGGCAAAUGUGAAGGUACUCUUUUCUCAGUCGGAAGUAUAAGUGAGAGUAAUUAUUCAACAUGAUAAGUCAUCACUCUAUUAUUCUACUACCCGUUAUUGCAGCCUUCUAGGUCUAGGAUAACAUAGUUAAUACCUAAAUCGUAUAUAAUAAUUAGGUUUAUUGAUGUAUAUUACACAAUCCCCUCAAAACGGAUAAUUGCCUCACUAUCAUAAUCGCAUCGUAGGGGGCGGUGGACUGAUUAGAUCAGAGUUAUUACUUGGAGUUUGGAGGGAAAAGUAAUCCCAUUAUUUUUAAUAACAAGCGUCUAUGCCUUAAUAAUAAGACCUUUUUUUAUAUUGAAUUAUUUCAGAAAGGUAUAGUUAAGGUCUCGGAUAUAAUAAUUGGAGGUAAAUUAAGACCAGUUUCAUACUGGUAUAAUCUGAAAUUUUCAUCUGAAAACUUGCUCAAAAUUCAAAAGAUAUUUUCAGUAAUAACAGAAGAGUGGAUACAAAAUGAUUUUAUGGAAAUGGAUACAGACAACUUUGAAAUUCAAUUGAUGAUAUGUGGGCAUGUUCAGAAACUAUGUGAUAUAAAAUCUAGACGAAUAUAUGACCACUUCAUUGAAAAUUUUCAAAUUGAUUAUGUAUUUCAUGUUACAGAUGGGCAAUCCGAAUAUGAUUUGGGAAUGGGGGAACUGAAAGAAGUAUUUUGAGACUGAAAUGUGCAAUGCUAUGCAAUAAACACAGAGAAUUUCAAUACAAACCAUUACAAGGGGCUGUGUACACAAAAAGGGAACUUUUUAAAUUCGGUUUUGAGACAGAUAAUUUCUGUUCCUUUUGUAAAAAAGAAGUUGAGUCUUACCAACAUUUAUUUUUUUAUUGUCCUGAAGUUAAGCGAUUAUGGGAAGAGAUGAGUAAAAUAUUUCAACUGAAUGAACUUGGCAGUGACGUUUGGAAAACAAUUUUCAUGGGGAUAUCUGGAAAUACUACAAGAGUAGCUUUAAUAAACUGUAUUAUAUUCUUAAUUAAGUAUAUCAUUUUUAGUUCAAGAAAACAGGGAAUAUUGCCAACCGUACAGAAAGUGACACAUUUGGUUAAAGUGUAUAGAGAUACGGAAUAUCAAAUAGCGUUUAAAAAGGGGAAGCUGGGGGUGCACUUAAGGAAAUGGGAACAAAUCAAUGCAUACCUUUCUUAAUACUAUGGAUGUAUUGGUUGCUUCAUUUUGUUUCUGUUUUGUUUAUUUGUUCAAAUACAGAUAGUUGUACCAGAGCAGGAUGCAUUGUGUGUGGGUGUACGUGUGUAGAUGGAUGUGUGAGUUUUGUGACGGGGAAGAGGGGGGGGGGGGGGGAGCUGUGAGUAGUGGUGAGUUGAAGUGAGCUUGUGUGAGUGUCUGGGGAGAGAGAUGAGGGGGGAGGGGGUAUGGGGGUAAGGUGGGUGUGUAGGGACGUUUUAGGAUAACCUUCCUCUAAUUAACCUUUAAAAUAAUAUUUUAUCCUUUUUUUUAUUUCUUGUACAAUUGAUAUGUGCAAAAGAGAUUAUUUCUAUUCUAUUCAGGGAAAAAGUCAUUUUUUACAAAGUACGUUUUUUUUUAUUUUGUCGAUUGAUACGGGUUUUUCCCCUCUGCUUUCACAUUGUUAUAGAAGAGAAAUUUGGCAGUUUAAUUUCAUUUGUAAUCAUUUUAAAAAUAUUCGUAAUCUCAUUGAUAUUGAUAUAUUUAUUUGUUUGAUUGUUUAUUGAUUGUAUACAUACAAAGAAUCUUUAUUUAUAUGAAUUGUGAUUGUAAACUUAUUGAUUUGAAAGAGGAAGAAAAUAAAAUAUUAUUCAAAAAAAAAAAAAAAUUAAUAACUCUGGAUUAGACCAUUAGACUAAUGCAGCUGCGGUCGAGACCAAGAUCAAUGACGUGUAUACUGGCCAAUAAAUAGCGUUCUUUGACGCUAAAUUACGUUCCAUUUCUCAUAUUUGAAAUUUUGAUAUUCGGGAAUGAUUGGUUUGCAAUUUUCCAAUAUGAUUUAAAGAAUUGCGUUGAAAUUGUAUGUUUGUGCUUACGUUGUUUUAUUAUAAAAUAAAUUUCUCGAAAAUUUGUUUUAAAAAAAUUGUAUUUAAACGUUAUAUUCAUAUAAGUAUGAAUGAGGGGCUCAGUGCAAUGUAAUGUGGUGUACUUUGAUUUAUGGAAUAAAUGGGUUAUAGGCAUACAUGUAUAUUUGCAUUUACAUUUUCACUUCUAUUGUUCCGAAAAUUUUAGAUUAUUAAGUCUCUUUAUUUUGUACCUAGCAAUUACGAAAAACAGCAGCAUGAUGUCUAUACCGUAUCAGUUGACAGACGUAAACGUCUAUAUUCAUUUAUUAUUAUCAUUUUUCUUAAUUCUUAUUCUGUUUUUUUUCUUAGGGGGGAGUCUGCAGGCACAAACCCUGCUUGAAAAUUUGAUCAACAAGUGUGUCUCCACGCAAAGACUAGCACACACAAAACUUGCUGUUUCAAAUCAGCGAGAGGGUCUUCAGUACACAAGGCAUGGGUAGGCUGCACAUUCAGACCCUUAACUCGAGUGAAGGGUUUGCACACCAGACUAAGAGGGGGGUAUAGAUUUCGAAACGAUGUGACUUUACUAUACGUUAUCAGACUUCGAUAAAGUAUUUCAAUCUUUUCAUUUUUUAAUUAUUCAAACUUGAAAGUAGGGUAGAGUGCCCAUUGGCGUACCUGGGAUUUUUCACAGGGGGGGGGGGCAAAAUCGUCCGCCCAAAAAUUUGACAAGCCAAACAAAAAAAGAAAAGAAAAAAGGUCUUCAAUCACAAAUGAAGGAUUUCGUACCAGAAAAUAAUUUGACAAGCAAAAAAAAAAAAAAAAAAGGUCUUCAAGCUCGUCAGGGGGGGCAAUAAAGGUCUUCAAGCUCGUCAGGGGGGAGCAGGGAUACGUGUUUUGCAUGGGUUGUGGCUCGUCAGGGGGGGGCAGACUGCCCCCUUUGCCCCCCCCCCCCCCGUAGGUACGCUAGUGAGAGUGCCCCUUUAAGAGUCGACCUUGUAUCAUCUCGAUAAUAGACAUGAUAGUCAUCUCCGCGAAAUUUGAUAUUUCCUUUUUUUGUAGUGAGACUUGUAAUAGCUCUAUAUAUGGUGAGACCGUAUGUUUUAAGAAGUUUUCAUAUCAUGUGUUGCCUGCAUUUUGUAUGGAAAGGAUGGAGGCCUAUCUGUUUUCAUUGUAUUUUCUUUGCUUAAUUUUGCAAUAUUAAAUGCGGUGAUUGAUAUGGGGAAAAUA